AUGUUCCUCCGACCGUCGUCUCGGGCUGGUCGCCAGCAACUUUCCACCCUUCUGGGAAGCGCGGCUGCUGGUGUCAUUGGCCGUGUCUUCUGCCAUCCUCUAGACACAGUCAAAGCUCGUCUUCAGGCAAGUACAUCGUCAGGACAAACCAUUGCGUCCCAGCUCAGUCUCCGAGCGCUCAGUCCACAACACUUGCGAGGACUGUAUCGAGGUAUUGGCGUGAGCAUCGUGGGCUCAGCGCCUGCCACUUGUCUCUACUUGACGUCGUAUGAACUCUCGAAAGACGCUCUUCAAGGUGUCGAGAGCUUCCGUGAUCGUCCCUCCUUGCUGUACCUGGGCGCGGGAAUGAUGGCUGAGGCACUAAGCUGUGUGCUGUGGGUACCCAUCGACGUCAUCAAGGAACGCAUGCAGGUGCAAACGCAGCCACUCCCGGGAACAUCGGGUGCUCUGCAGCAGCAGCAGCAGCAACUCUACUACCGCAACACCAUCGAUGCCUUGCAGACGAUUGCGCGCACGGAGCGUCUCGGCAGCCUAUACAAGGGCUACGUGGCCACGCUGCUUUCCUUCGGCCCCUUCUCGGCGCUCUACUUCAUGUUUUACGAGAAGACCAAGGCGGUCAUGCAGAAGCGGCUCGAAACGGACGGGCUGCCAGCACAUUACACGCUCACGAGUGCUGCCCUUGCAGGUGCCACGGCGUCGUUCCUCACCAAUCCGCUGGACCUUAUCAAGCUAAGGCUACAGGUUCAACGUGCAUACGCCACGAAAGCUGCGCCUGCAGCCUAUCGUGGAAUUGUCGAUGGUCUCACUCAAGUGAUACGAACUGAAGGUGUACUGGCACUGUAUAAAGGAUCAGGAGCGCGCGUUGCUUUCCAUGCUCCAUCCACCGCUAUCACGAUGUCGCUCUUCGAAAGCUGUCGACGGGUCUUUGCCACGCUGAUCGGUGAAUGA